AUGGAAGAGCAGGACCCAGAAGGACCUGGAACUAGCAAAAGAGCAAGAAAAGGCCACCAUCCCAUCCAAGCAGGAGGUGAUGUUGAAGUCUGGGAAAGAGCUGUGCCAGAGAUCCUGGACCAAGACAUGGUGAACUCAAAUUUAUAUAGCCAACGCUUCUGGCAGUUCUGCUACAAUGAGGCCGAUAGGCCCCAAGAGGUUUGCAGCCAGCUCCAUGGACUUUGCAACCACUGGUUGAAGCCAGAGAGGCACACCAAGAAGCAGAUCCUGGACUUGAUAAUUCUGGAGCAGUUCCUGUCCAUCCUGCCUCGGGAAAUGCAGUGCUGGGUGAGAGGAUGCGGGCCAGAGACCAGUUCCCAGGCAGUGGCCCUAGCAGAAGGCUUCCUUCUGAGUCAGGCAGAGGAGAAGAGGCAGGCAGAGCAGAUGUGUGGACCAUCCGUGAAGAUGGAGGCUAACUUCUCUGAGGCAGAAGGAGCUCGGUUGGAGGAACGGCAGAGGGCGCAGGCCCAGGAGCAUGCCCAAGAUGCCCAAGAUGGCAGUGAAGAGACAGUGUUGAUCCCUUGUCUUUGCGGAGGUGUGGAAACGGCUGCUUCAUCUCCUGUCCAGGGGGAGAAGCCUUUUAAAUGCUCAGAGUGUGGAAAGAAAUUCAGUUGUGAUGGCCUUCUACAAGUGCAUCUGAGAACCCAUACUGGGGAGAAACCUUUUGAAUGCUCAGUGUGUGGAAAGAGAUUCAGUAGGAGUGGCCAUCGUCAACGCCAUCAAAGAACCCACACAGGGGAGAAACCUUUUGAGUGCUCAGAGUGUGGAAAGAGAUUCAGUCAGUGUGGCACACUUCGACGGCAUCAGACAACCCACACAGAGGAGAAACCUUUUGAAUGCUCAGAAUGUGGAAAGAGAUGCAGACACAGGAGCCAUCUUCAACGGCAUCUAAGAACCCACACAGGGGAGAAACCUUUCGAAUGCUCAGAGUGUAGAAAGAGGUUUAGUAGUAGUGGAGAUCUUCAAAAGCAUUUAAGAACCCACACAGGGGAAAAACCUUUUGAAUGCUCUGUGUGUGGAAAGAGAUUUAGUGAUAGUGGCAAUCUUCAACAGCAUCAAGCAAUCCACACGGGGGAGAAACCUUUUGAAUGCUCAGAGUGUGGAAAGAGAUUCAGGCAGAGUGGGACUCUUCGACGGCAUCAGAGGACCCACACAGAGGAGAAACCUUUUGAAUGCUCAGAGUGUCGAAAGAGCUUCAGCUGCAGAUUAGAUCUUCAACGACAUCAAAGAACCCAUACAGGGGAGAAACCUUUUGAAUGCUCAGAGUGUCAAAAGAGAUUCAGUCAGAAUAGCCAUCUUCAAAAGCAUCUAAGAACCCAUACAGGGGAGAAACCUUUUGAAUGCUCUGUGUGUGUAAAGAGAUUUAGUCAGAAUAGCCAUCUUCAAAGGCAUCUAAAAACCCAUACAGGGGAGAAACCUUUUGAAUGCUCAGAGUGUGGAAAGAGAUUUGGGCAGAGUAGCACUCUUCAGCAGCAUCAAACAACCCAUACGGGAGCAACCUUUCGAAUGCACAGUGUUGAAAGGAAUUCGAUUCGAGCAGCAACCUUGAAUGGCAUCUAA